AUGUUACUAUACAGUACCAUAAGAUUUCCUGGUGAAAUCUACUUCAUCACAAAAAAUUACUUUUAUAUUAAUUGGAUACAGGAAAAUACGCCUGCAGUUACAACUCAAAGGAAUCUGCAAGAUGGUCCAGUUGUUGAUACAGUGACAGAAAGUGACUUGAAAGUGACUGUUGAAAAAGAACUUGUUUCCCAAGCUGAGGAAGAGGACAUGGAGGCUCUUCUGGGCACUUAUGUUAUGGGCAUUGGUGAAGCUGAAGCAUUUUCAGAAAGGUUGAAGCGUGAACUUCUUGCUCUUGAAGCAGCAAACGUACAUGCCAUUUUGGAAAGUGAACCUUUGAUAGAAGAGGUAUUGCAAGGGCUGGAGGCAGCAACAAAUUGUGUUGAUGACAUGGAUGAAUGGUUAGGCAUCUUCAAUGUGAAACUUAGACAUAUGAGAGAAGAUAUUGAAUCGAUAGAAACCCGCAAUAACAAGUUAGAGAUGCAAUCUGUAAACAACAAGGCGCUCAUUGAGGACCUUGACAAGCUUCUUGAAAGACUGCAUGUUCCUUCUGAGUAUGCAGCAUGUCUAACAGGAGGUUCAUUUGAUGAAGCACGUAUGCUUCAAAAUAUUGAAGCAUGUGAGUGGUUGACAGGAGCCUUACGUGGUCUUGAAGUGCCAAAUCUGGAUUCCACUUAUGCAAGCAUGCGAGCUGUCAAAGAGAAACGAGCAGAACUUGAGAAGUUGAAAGCUACAUUUGUCAGGAGAGCUUCUGAGUUCCUGAGAAACUACUUCGCCAGUUUGGUGGAUUUCAUGAUUAGUGAUAAGAGUUACUUUUCUCAGAGGGGACAGUUAAAAAGGCCUGAUCAUGCAGACCUGCGGUAUAAAUGCAGGACAUAUGCUCGUCUUUUGCAACAUUUAAAGAGUCUUGACAAGAACUGCUUGGGUCCUCUGAGAAAAGCCUAUUGUGGCUCUCUCAACUUGCUUCUUCGGCGGGAGGCUCGCGAAUUUGCAAAUGAGCUUCGUGCUAGUACAAAAGCAUCAAGAAAUCCAACUGUUUGGCUUGAAGCUUCCACAGGCUCCAGUCACAAUGCAAAUACUGCAGAUACAUCUUCAGUUUCUGAUGCUUAUGCCAAAAUGCUAACAAUAUUUAUCCCGCUUCUUGUAGAUGAGAGUUCUUUUUUUGCACACUUCAUGUGCUUUGAAGUUCCUGCUCUUGUUCCCCCAGGAGGUGUUGUUAAUGGUAAUAAAAAUGGAUCAUAUGAUGAUGAUGAGGCCAAUGACGAUGAUUUAGGCAUUAUGGACAUUGAUGAGAAUGAUGGCAAAGCUGGUAAAAGCUCUGCAGAUCUUGCAGCAUUAAAUGAAUCUCUUCAGGAUUUGCUUGAUGGAAUCCAGGAAGAUUUCUAUGCUGUGGUAGACUGGGCAUACAAAAUUGAUCCCUUACGCUGCAUCUCAAUGCAUGGAAUUACAGAGAAAUAUCUCUCUGGUCAGAAAGCUGAUGCAGCAGGAUUUGUGCGACUUCUGCUUGGUGACCUUGAGUCAAGAAUUUCUAUGCAGUUUAGCCGUUUUGUCGAUGAAGCUUGUCACCAAAUUGAAAGAAAUGAGCGUAAUGUGAGGCAGAUGGGUGUCUUGUCAUACAUUCCAAGAUUUGCAACUCUUGCUACCCGGAUGGAGCAGUAUAUACAAGGACAAUCCAGGGAUUUGGUUGAUCAGGCAUACACAAAAUUUGUUAGCAUAAUGUUUGUGACUCUAGAGAAAAUUGCUCAGACAGAUCCAAAAUAUGCUGAUAUUUUUCUCCUAGAGAACUAUGCAGCAUUCCAGAAUAGCCUGUAUGACCUAGCCAAUGUAGUUCCAACUUUAGCCAAAUUCUAUCACCAGGCAAGUGAAGCUUAUGAACAGGCUUGUACGCGUCAUAUCAGCAUGAUUAUUUACUAUCAAUUUGAACGACUUUUCCAGUUUGCUAAAAAGAUUGAAGACUUGAUGUACACAAUUUCUCCGGAAGAGAUACCUUUCCAACUUGGAUUAUCAAAAAUAGAUCUGAGGAAGAUGUUAAAAUCCAGCCUAUCUGGGGUGGACAGGUCCAUUGCCGCAAUGUACAAAAAGUUGCAGAAGAAUUUAACCUCAGAGGAACUGUUGCCCUCAUUAUGGGAUAAAUGCAAGAAGGAAUUUCUGGACAAAUAUGAUAGCUUUGCACAACUCGUUGCAAAAAUUUAUCCAAAUGAAACCAUUCCUUCUGUGGCAGAAAUGAGAGAGCUUCUUGCUUCUAUGUAAAGAAAACGUGAUUGUCUGUAUUAAUUUUUUUAUACUUAAAUAUACGAGUGGAGAGCUGUAUCUGCUGCUGUAAUUAUUAGGAGUAUUCUUUUUUGAGGUUUUUGCCAUGAUUUAUUGGAGAAAGUGGCUUUGGUGAGACUGAGCUUCUUUGGGAAUUCGCUUCAUAUUUUUUUUCCCACAAUGGGCAUGGACGCGAGAGCCUAGCUUAUUAAUUCCGUCCACCCCAAGUGGUGUUAAAGUUGUUCCCAAUUCAACGUAAUUAUUUUUUUAUUAUAAGAGUACGGUUUUACUUGUAA